GUCAAAUGAGUGGAGGGCAAACCCUUCUUUCAAUCACGUGAUCAAUCUGGGCGAUCAAAAAAUACAGUGCAGAAAAACUGCACUGCGAAUCCAUUGCAAUCAAGUAACACGAUCCAGCUACUCAAAUGGCACGUAAUGAAGAAAAGGCUCAGUCCAUGCUGUAUCGCUUUCGAGAGGCGCAAGCUGCAGAAUUAGGAUUGUCACGGCCUCAGAAAAAGAGACCUGCUGUCGCAUCCGAAGUCAGAAACUUGCCAGAAUCAGAAAAAUGGAGAAGACAGGUGCUGAGUGAAAUCUCGCGAAAAGUGUCCAAGAUUCAAGAUACCGGUCUUUCCGAUUACCAAGUUCGCGACCUCAACGAUGAGAUCAAUAAGCUCAUGAGAGAAAAGCUGGCGUGGGAACACCGGAUAAAGGAAUUAGGAGGUCCGGAUUAUUUCAAAAUAGCUCCUAGGCUGAUGGACCAAGAAGGCAGGGAGGUGCCUGGUAAUAGAGGAUACAAGUAUUUCGGUAGAGCCAAAGAUCUUCCAGGCGUUCGAGAGCUGUUCGAGCAAGAAGCCCAAGAACCUGUCAAGAAGACAAGACAAGAUUUAUACAGAAAUGUGGACGCGGAUUAUUACGGAUAUCGUGACGAAGAAGACGGGAGCCUUUUAGAAUACGAAGCGGAAAGACAGAAGGAAUUGCUUGAGCAGAGCAAGGAUAUAACAUAUCAACCGGACGACGUACCCGACGAAAUGCAGGUCGAUGGCGAAGACACGCGGACACAGCAACUCGACGUCAAUGGCGCAAUAAGUGAUAAUUUAGCAAAAGGCGCAGCUGUUCCAACACAGCAGGAAAUUGAGCAAAUUCUUGUGCAAAGACGAAGGCAACAAUUACUGGAUAAAUAUGUGUCGCAGGAUAUAGAGGAAAGUGAAAAGGAAACGAAACAACUCACUGGCUUAGCAUAGAUUUACUCCAUUCUGUUCGCUUGUAUCGUUGAGUCUGAUAUCAUAAAAUGUGUAAAUCCCAAAACCCAACGUCGACUUCACGCCACCCUUGAUGACCAUAGAUGGUAAAGCUGUUUUGCAUCCA